GCGCCAAGCCGAAAAACCGAACCAAAAAUGGAAAAAAGAGGGGAAGAAAGAGCUCGCGCGCCAGAGAAAUGGCGCCAACCGCGCGCCCCUCUCCCGCCCUGUCUGUCUCGCCCCACCCUCUAUUUCCUCGCCUCUCCACACUCCCCCCAUCAAACCCUACCCUGGCUACCCAAUCCCAUCCAUCCCAUCCUAGCCCCAGCCCCAGAUCUCCGCUCCCAUGGCCAGCUCCGACGCCGUGUCCGUCGUCCCCGCGCCUGACGCCGCCGCCGCCGCCCCCGCGCUGCCGGCGGUCGCCAAGAAGCGGGGCAGCUACAACUGCGGCCGCUGCGGGCUCCCCAAGAAGGGCCACGUCUGCUCCAUCCCCGGCCCACCUGCCGCCGGGGCUGGGGCGGCGGCGGCGGCCCCGGAGCACAAGCCGAGGCGCGCGCUCCACUUCGACGAGGCGGCGGCGGCGGGCGCGCUGGACGUGACGCCGGUGGCGGCGGCGUAUCCGGCCCCGCACCGCCCCCCGGAGAAGAAGCCGAGGGUGGAUGUGGUGGACGUGGAUGAUUCGGAGCCGGAGUCGGGCGGUGUCGGGAGGCCGGGGUUGGUGGCCGUCGGCUCCGGCGUGCGGGUGCCGGGGGAGGUGGUCAUUGAGGUGCUCCGGCGGCUUGCCCCGAGGGCAGUCGCGGCGUCCGCGGCCGUCAGCCGCGGGUGGCGUGACUGCGCGAGGCGGGUCUGGCGGGGGGCCGAGGAGCUCCGCCUCCGCGCUGCCGGCGUUAGCACCAUCGGGACGCUGCUGCCGCGGUGCCCCGCGCUGUCCAGGCUCGUGCUCCGCAUGGAAAGUGAUGUUGAUGCCACAAUGCUUGCAUGCCUUGCAUUUUCCUGCCCAAACAUGCAAUCUCUGGAGAUAAGCAUGGCUGAUAGUGCAGUCAACCGGAUGACCGGGGAUGAGCUUACUAGAUUUAUUUCGGAGAAGAAGUCUCUGACAGUUCUUAAAGUAGAUCGCUGUAGUGGUCUUGGUUUUCUUAAUAUAAACUCUACAAGCCUUUCAACCCUUUGGCUAUCAGAUCUCUCUUCCAUCACAAAAUAUGUCAUAAACUGUCCUAAUUUGAGUGAGCUCUCACUGAUUUUUUCCCAACAAGAUAAUGAUUCUACCGAUCUGAUUAGUAUGAUGGAUAGUCUGGGCCGCACCUGCUUGAAUUUGAGAAAAUUGCACAUAUCCUCAAUUCACUUGUGCAAUGAAGCUGUGUUUGCUCUUGGGAGUGCUAAUCUCAGGGGCUUGUGCAUGCUGUCCUUGCUUCUAGGUAAAAAAAUAACAGAUGCAGCUGUUGCAUCUAUUGUUCGUUCUUUUACAAGCUUGGAGUUGCUUGAUUUAAGCGGAUCUUGUAUCACUGAUAAUGGGCUUGGGAUGAUCAGCAAGGCAUUCCCUGAUACCCUAACCAGGCUGCUGCUUGCUAUGUGCCCAAAUAUCACCUCAUGUGGGGUCCAGGUGGCCGCAGUGCAGUUGCCACUUCUUCAGCUCAUGGACUGCGGCAAGAGCUUAUGUGCUAAUGUGCAGCCCGAAGCACCCCGAUCAUACUUUGGUGAUCUCAAUGGGGGGAUUAGGUUUUGCUCAAAACUACAGGUCACAAGGAAGCAGCAACCAACUUACCAAAAGUUGAUUAUAAAGCAUGCUAAUCUGAAAAAACUUAGUCUAUGGGGCUGUUCUGCAAUAGAUGCCCUAUAUGUAAAUUGUCCAGAGCUGAGUGAUCUGAACCUCAACUCUUGCAUAAAUCUGAAUCCAGAACGGUUGCUUCUUCAGUGUCCAAGCUUGAAAGAUGUUCAUGUCACUGGAUGCCGUGACAUGUUGAUCGGAGCAAUCAGAAACCAGGUUCUGAAUGAGUUUGCAGCAGCAGAGCCUCGCAUGCCUUGCAAGCGCCUUGCUGAUGGCUCGAAGCGGGUGCAAGUCCCUCAGUUCAUGCCAGAACAGCAGUUUGAGGACGAGAAAUGGUGUGGCGAGUCGCGGCGAAGCCAGUGCGCCGUGCACAUCUGAGCUGAAGCAAGGCAGUCACUUGCAGAGCCAGCCGAAUAGCUAGCAGUCCAACAACCUAGGGGCGCACAGGAAAAGGAAGAUUAGUUAGGCUGUGAUGUUGUAAAGCUGGCUGAGGGCACAUAAUCUGAGCCUACUGGUGUUGUAGUAAACUCUACCGUUCUUGUUUCUCUGAAAAAAUCUCAUUUGUUUCUUCCCUGCUGAAUUCUUCUGUUAGACAAUAAGGGCAUGGUGUAGUGUAUGCCUAGCACCCUUGGUUCAUCCUGGAAAAUAAUCUUGACAUAAAUUAAAUAUUUAUUGGUGUGUCCAUA